AUGACAAGUUUAACAGUGUUGUUGCGUCAUUCUGGCAAGUGGAACGAUGAGGGCAAUUACGUCGAUUUUUCAAUUGAGGGAAUACUGAUAAAGGAGUAUGUGUCCUUUAAUGAUUUGGUUGCUUCAAUUUCUAAUCAACUGGGCAUAGAUUUGAGCUCAAAGUCCAUUAACAUUCAAUACAAAGUAGAAGGAAAUUGCACGCCAAUGAAAAUACACAAUGAUAUGGGUUACAAAGUGUAUGUAGAGUUGAAAAAAGAGAACAGAGAAUUCGGGAUGUAUCCUUUGUGCAUAACAACUAUUGAAAAAGAACUUGUAUCCGGAGGUAGUUUAAAUCAAGGCGACAUUGUGAAAAUAGACGAAGCAGUUCAAAGGUACGAUUUCGAUACAGAUGAUACACUGGCUCUAGAUUUUGUCAAUUCAGGAGAAGCAAUUGGGGUGUUCGAAUUGGACAGGGAUUUGAUAAUUUCAAAUACUAAUCAAAGGGAGGUUAUGGCUGGACAAGUGUAUAAGGAUAAGGCUACAUUGAAAGAGGUGAUGGAGAAUUAUGCUAUAUCUCAAAGAUUUCAAUUCCGGGUUGACAGGUCUAAUGCUGUCAGUUAUGCAUUAUUAUGUAUUUCAGAAGAUUGUGGAUGGAGGUUUAAGGCUUCAAGCAUUAACAAAUUAGAACUAUUCAAAGUGAGAGAGUUCAUUGAUAACCAUACAUGUCCGCUGAAGGACAAGGUGUACGAGCAGUGGCAGGCAAGUAGCAGCCUUAGAGGUGGUAUGAUUAGGCCUAAGCUUAUUAAUCAUAAGAGGAAAUACAUCCCAAAGGAUAUUAUUGAUGAUGUGAAAUCAGAUUUAGGUGUAGAUGUUAUCUACAUGUUGGCGUGGAGGGCUAAAGAAAAGGGGUUUGAUCAUUGUAAACCCACUGUUGUUGUGGAUGAAAGUCACCUAAAAUCUUACUAUACCGGGACAUUCGUUUCGGCAAGCACGUUGGAUGGUGCAGGUCAUAUAUUGCCACUAGCAUAUGGUGUUAUUGAUUCAGAGAAUGAUGCUGCUUGGACGUGGUUCUUUGAGCAAUUCAAGAUAGCAUACAGUGACAGGGAAAACAUGUGCAUCGUUUCAGAUAGAAAUGAGUGUAUCAUUAAAUCUUUAUCGAGAGUGUAUCCAGAUGUACUGCAUUUUGCUUGUAUAUGGCAUCUAUGGAACAACGUAUAUAAAAAAUUCAAAAAGAGUCAUGCCAAGUUGAGCGAGAUAUACUUCUCGAUGGCAAAAGCAUACACACAAGCUAAAUUUGACGGUCUGAUGGAGAAGGUGGAGAAGGUAGAUAUUAGGGUGAAAGAAUAUUUAGAGUUAGCUGGAUACGAAAAGUGGGCUAGGUUGUAUGCCCCUGUUAACAGGGGAUGGACAAUGCCGUCAAAUAUUGCUGAGUCAAUCAAUGUCGCACUAGUGUCAGCAAGGAAAUUGCCAAUAUACGACUUCCUCGAAGAAGUUAGGAAGAUGUUUGGACAUUGGAAUUAUAGUAACCACAAAGAAGCUACACAGACAUACACAACGCUUGGAAAAAAAUACCAGGAGAUGCUGACUUUGAAUGAGGCAAUGUCUACACGCAUGACUGUGGUACCAUCAACUGAAUACUUACAUACGGUUAACAAUGGAGGGAGGCAUUACACAGUCUGCCUGUUAGAGAGAAAAUAUGUUUGUGAGAGGUUCCAAUUUGAUGAAUUACCAUGCCCACAUGCUUGGGCUGUAUUGAAGAACAAGUUUCUAAUGCCAGAAGAAUAUUGCUUUAACUAUUACAAACCAAAUAUUGUUGUAAUGACAUAUGAUGUGCCUGUGUACCCGCUGCCAGACAGAAAUGACUGGAACAUACCAGCACAUGUUGCAGAGGAGGUUGUACUACCACCAAAAUGGAAAAGACCUCCUGGAAGGCCAAAAAAGAAGUGCGAUAAACCUUUAAGUGAGUUGCUGCAGCCGAAAAAUCAACAUUCAUGUAACAUAUGUGGGCAGGGAGGACAUAACAAACAAACGUGUAGAAAUGCUCCAUGUAGCAUUUAG